GCAGCGAACCACGACGACGGGCGGGCGGCUGGCUGCGGCUGCUGCGGUGCUCGAGGAGACGGAGACGGUCGGCGAUUGUUUCGUUCGUUGGGUAGGUUAUUAGGGGUAUAAUUAACUCGGAGGCCAUGGUAGAGACACUGGUCUGCGCGGGCACUCAGACAGUGUAUACUAUCCAAAUGUCCCGCCCUUGACGCCUCGCGCUCUGUGCGCAGUGCACACCCGCCGCCCGAUUUUGCGCACAACCCACAACCCGAGUGCUCGCCAAGAACCACCCUCGCGCCGAUUCCCGUGUUCUACAGCCGCGAUCAAGGCGGGUCUUCCGAGGCGGUCACUGAUCUUGCAUUUCUCUCGGGCCAGGCGCGUGGGGCCUUGCAUCGUCGCUCGGGGCGCCCCGUCGUCCUGCGCGCGACAGUCAAUUCCGAGUCGUCAUCUCGUGCCGGUGAAGUUGGAUCAAAAUCGACGCAAUGUGUGCGGCCGCGCGAAGAAGACACACUCGUAUCCGAACGACGGAGCUCGCACGCGGCGGGAGGCUAACACAACUACUCGCAGGUGUAUCCUUGCGAGUUCGCAAAGCGGAGGGACGCGAGGGAGGACGGCGGCGAGCGAUUCGGUGUGUUCGCGGGGUCUCCGCCCAUGAAAUCGCGCGAAACAUCCCGAGAUAAACAUCGCCGUACACCGCUGAAACUCGGCGCACGCACGCACCCCGGUGCAUAGGAGACACCGCCGUGUCUAUGGCGCACCACACAGAUGCGCACUCACCAACAGGCAACGCGGUCAAUCACCUUGCGAGCGCGCCCCGUGGAUCUCUUUCCCGCGCUGGCGCUCUGUCUUAGAAUUCUGCAAUAGCAUCUCAGUAGCUCUCCCGUGCAGUCUGUUCGAGAAGAGUGCCCACGUCACUCGUGGUCCACCCGGCAUGGCCACGACGCGACUGCAGCACGGCACGAGAAGGUCUCCGCGCGGUGCAGGCCAGGUCCGACGCGGGAUAGAUCGUGCGACAGACCGCUGCGCUGGUGCAGACUAUUUGUAGCAGCUGAAGGCGCGACGCGGACACUCUUGUGCAAACGGAUGCCCCGCUCCGAAUCCUGCCACGCGGCCGCGUACAACUCCCCUCCCGCGGCGUACACGAUGGUACGACCAAGAGCGCUCGUCCCCACACGCCGGAGCGCCGUGCCGGCUCUGCGUUCGCCAUUCGGCAAUUGGCCAUCGUUGAGGGGAUCGCGAAAACUGUAAAAUAUGUUCUGAGCACUGUGAACGCUCGCUACCAGCACCCGCUUGCGCAGAACGCCCGGGUUCGGCGUUCUAGGUUCCCUGAACACCGGCUGUAUCAUCGGCGUCCACUCGGAGGCGCCUCGCAUGUGCUCGCCUCCACAGGAUGCCUCCGGUAUUGUACCCAAGGCGAGGCCCCCGCGCAUCUUCAAUAUCCAUGGCGGCAGGUUCUCUGCACAUACCAACACCUUCGCGCGGCGUCUGGCGCUCGAAACGGCUUCAAGACAUCCGGGGUAUCCGAUCGACGCUCGCAACGUGCAGAUCCCACCUCGGCAGCUACGUGGCGAUGCACAGGUGGCGGGAAGCCCAAACACAUCGACGGCGACUGGGUCACAGAGCGGACAAGUCCUCGCGUCGUCUCGAUGCAGAGUAGCUAGCUCGGCUGUGCGCGAACCUUGGGUUUCGCUCGCCAGGAACCGAGUGUGCAGGCCCCAAGACGUGUUCUUGCGAUGGCGGCCCAGGGAUGAUGAGCACGUCCCGCGCUCACAUGUCUUACCUCUGGUCCGAGACCGCCGCGCCGAUAUCCUCCGUGCACGCCACACCGUUGGCCUUCCUGAUAACGAUAGCACUCGAAACGGCUGCCCCCGGCCGUGUCACUCACGUUUCGUCGCCGCGUGCGGGGCAUGGCGACCACGAGCUUCCACUCGGCAGCGACCUUUGUGCCUGCACGCAUGCCCGUUGCUUCAUCGUCUGCGCCGCUGCACGAGUGGCCCGGGACUGCUGCGCGGGGAGGCGCUGGACGCUCAUUUCCCAUUUCUCAAGCUCUGCGAGAUGUCAACUUCGACCACUCCGAGUGCACACGACUCUCGGGCGUGUCCGUGCGAAUGCGGCCUCGACCAAAAUGCCGGACAAUGGGGGAAGUACUCACCGCUGCCACCGCUGAAGGCAGGAGGUGUCCGGUCCCACAUCUUCAAUGAACGAGGUGUUGUAUGAGGCGAGUACGCGCACGAGUGGCUGAGCAUGUUCUCCUGGGUGUUGGCAAGACGGAAUCGCGUGGGAGGAGGGCUGAAGGGGCAUUGGGGAGAGGCGCAGGCUACGAGAAGCUGUUCAGAGGACGGGAAUGAUCAACAUACGUCUUGGCGGCGGCACGGGGAAUAAGUACCUCCGGGCAGACGGAAGUGUCUGCUGGAGAAGAGAUGGGUGCGGACGGCGGGAUAUGAGUGGGUCAGAGCGCGGCACCGGGCACAUGGCUCGGAGUCGUAGGGAGAGUACAUACGCUGUCACCACUGCCAGCAGGUGAUGCGGAGGGUUGUGGGUACGGCACGAGGCCGUCAACCCUGGCCCCGAAGCGCUUGCGGCAAUAUCCAGGGCGCCAUAUCCGGCCGCAGCAGAAAAUUCAUGUUCUGUCCGAGGCUUUCACGCAGCACUCGCUUUGCGUGAUUGCACCAAUGUCGGGAU